CCCUAGUUCAGCUGUCACCUCUCUACCUUAGCUCUCAUCUCUCUCUCUCUCUCUCUCUCUCUCUCUCUCUCUCUCUGUCGUGUAUUCUCCAAGAAGAAAGAAAUGGAAAAAUGGCGAUGGAUCCCCUUGAUCCGCCUCUCCUCUUCGAUCUUUCUAUACUCGCUCUCUCUCCCUUUCCCGAUCUAUCUUUCCUUCUCUCACAUCUAUCUAGCCUCUCUUCGCCAUAAGAUCGACCUUGAGACAAAGAAACCUACUCCGAUCUGCUCUCCCCUUUUGCUGCCGGCAAGAAAACAACCUUGACCUCCCUAAAUGGAUUGGGAAAUCCUCGAUCUAGGUAAGUUUCUCGACAUGCAAGCUUUCUUUUAUGAUUUCUACAUUUUGAUUGUUUCUAAUUGAGUCCUUUUUGCUUUUAUUUCUGGGAUUCGAUCAAGGGGAGAAGAGAGGACGCCUAGGAGGAGACACAAACGGCGGGCUUAACUGGCAACCAACGUAGCGGCAGCGGCGGCGAUAGCAGUGUUCCCGGAGACAAAAUGUGGUGAGCUCAGUAUUUUAAUGCUUUCAGUUUCUUUCCUUAUUCGAGAGAUUCUCAGGUUUUGGAGAAUGGCAGAUAUUGGUAUACCCUUUUGAACUCGAUUGAGUAAGGUUAUGGAGUUUAAACCUAAAAAUGGGUUUCAUCUUGUACAUAGAUCGAGUUUGAGCAUGUAUGACAUUGCAUGAUGCUAAUAUGGCCUAAAUUAGUUAAUCAUUAUAUUUGGGUAAAUUGCAAGGUUGGUCACUGGGAUUAUAAAAAACGUUCAUGUUUGGUCACUACAAAUAUUUAAUUUCAUUCGUGGUCACUAAGAUUAGUUCAAUAGUUCAAGUUUGGUCACUCUCCGUUAGUCUCCGUUAACUUUUGCUGAUGUGGCAGUCAACCUUCAUAGUUGACCGUUAAAUGAGUGAUGUGGCUAUUAAAAAAUAAUAAAAAAAUUAAAUUUAUUCUAUAAAAAUUUCCACCUCAUUACACAUUCAUUAAAAAAUAAAUUAAAAAACCUAAUUUAUUCAAUAGUCCCGAGGCCACCCAGCAAAUCCUUCUGUCCUCCAUUACCCGCAAAUCAAUGCUCCUUUCUCCUUCACCACCCCCAAAUCAUUACCUCACUUUAUUCAACACUCUCCAGUCUCUUCCUCCACCACCGGCCCUAAUCCCUCUUCCACAGAACCACCGCAAUGGCCCCGGCUGCCCCUCUCAUUCCGGCGACCCUCCUCGCCAUCCUGUCCCUCUCCACCGCCUACCGCCCCUGGCCCAGCACCCACCCAAACGCCACCAACCUCGCCCUCGCCAGCUCCAAGAAAUUCGAAGGCUCGUCGGACUUCGUCCACCUCCGCUACCACAUGGGCCCGGUACUCACCAACAACAUCACCGUCCACAUCAUCUGGUACGGCACCUGGCAGAAGCCCCAGAAGAAAAUCAUCCGCGAGUUCAUCUCCUCCAUCUCCGCCUCCCCCGCCUCCGACCCCACGCGCCGCCGCUCCACCGUCGCCGGCUGGAAGACCGUACAGCUCCACACCGACCAGACCGGCUCCAACAUCUCCCGCUCCGUCUCCCUGGGGCAGGAAAAAAAAGACCGGUUCUACUCCCACGGGAAAUCCCUCACCAGGCUCUCGAUCCAGUCCGUAAUCUAGAGCGCCGUCACGGCGAAAUCCCGCUCCCAGAAGGACAUUGCGGCGCUCUGCAACUCCAUCCGCAAAUUCAUUCCCGCUCCCUUCAGGGACCUCCUCGCCGAACUCCACAACGACAGCAACCAGUUAGAAAGGGGAAGAAGGGAAAGGGGGCCAAUUAGUAUAAAUUAGGUUUUUUAUUUAUUUUUUAAUGAAUGUGUAAUGAGGUGGAAAUUAUUAUAGAAAAUUUAAUUUUUUUAUUAUUUUUUAAUAGCCACGUCAUUCAUUUAACGGUCAACUAUAAAGGUUGACUGCCACAUCAGCAAAAGUUAACGGAAAUUAACGGAGAGUGACCAAACUUGAACUAUUGAACUAAUCUUAGUGACCACGAAUGAAAUUAAAUAUUUGUAGUGACCAAACAUGAACGUUUUUUAUAAUCUCAGUGACCAAUCUUGCAAUUUACCCCAUUAUAUUUUUUAGUAAACUGGGUCUGCAAAUUCGGAUUUUUGGGAUAAAGAAAUGUGGUUCAUGUGUGCUUGAGAUUAUUAGAAGCUCUGUGUCAUUUGUCAAUGAUUGAUUCUUAUGCUUGCAGGGUUGGAUGAGAUAGGAAUAAACUUGGGAUUGAUUA